AUGCGUUUGGACGAGCAUUCGCCAGAGUCGGGAAUCGAGCGCGAUGCUUCCUCAGAGCUGAACGCAUCGCCACAAAACCGGUCCUCCAUGUCAAACAGCGCAACAAAGCCGCGGGCGGCUAAGCUCAAUCCCAUGAAAGUGGUUCAGAGCUUGCGUUUUACGAAAGCGCGCAGCGCUUUUUUCCCAUCUCUUGCUCGCCACCACAACGCCAAAUUCUCGGAUUUGCCUGUAGACAUCCUGAUGACUAUCUUGGCGAUGCUCGACCCACUUGAAGUUCUCCUUGUGCGAUAUUCCUGCAAAGCGGCCGAUGUGGCGUCGCGCCAGCGUUGGGUCUGGCUCCAAGUCCUGCAAAAUCAUCCGCCUCCGAAAGACGCCACCUGCCUUCUGCCCGCACACCAUCGGGACACUGCUGCUGCACCGGACCUGGAACGCCUUGCUACAUUCUCACUACUAUGGCCUCUCAUCAUGAAGGCAGCCAUCAAUCGCAAAUCGCAUCAACGUCGUGGCUGGCUCUAUCCUCGUAGACAGAUCCCGAUCCCUGCUGCCAUGGCGCUCGAACAGGGUGGACUGCCACCGGCGGUGUCUAAGUUCGGGACACCCGACAUCACUCUCCUGCCUGGCGGGCAUCAUUUUCUGGUAGAAUCGAGUCAGGACAAGAAGCUCAGAUUGUGUGAACUGAGCUUGGACGAACCUCAAGUGAAGGAGAUAGCCAGUUUGUCUAUCGACAGCGGGCCGGAGUAUCAGAGAGUGGACGAUCAUACAAUGACUGAAGAUGGACGCCUCGUCCGUGUUCUCAUCACUGAAAAGUUACUUGAGUCCGAUGAUGAAGGGUGGUUCUACUCUGUUUAUGAGGCCGCGCUCGACGAUCCUUCAUCCGGCUUCCGUUUGUAUGCGCGCAAGCGAUGUCCCUUCGCUUUCCCCUCAGUGCUUCGUACAUGCGUGGCUUUAGGCAUGGACUGCAUCGUGUGCGCAGACUACAGAGAGCUACACCUCAUGAGUCUGACGCAAGACAAACACAAAGCGUGGAUCUACAACGCACAGCGGUCUGAGUGGCUACAUACUCAGGAAGUCCGUAUCAUAGGGUCGCAUGUCAUAUCGACGACAAAAAUACGAGCUCAGCCUGAUGAACCACCUCGAGUCCGCCGCGAAGAGCUCAUGCAUAUCGACACCUUCGAGCGAAAAGACGCCUCCGUGUUUUAUCCCAUGCGUUUUUCCUUGCAACGACCCUUCCCUCUAUUUGUGCACUCCCACUCUCGCGACGUAUGGGGCACGGAAGUCUUCCACAAGCCAACAAUCAGCUACCAACUUGGAUCUUCACUCGCUCUAUACCAGAUUCCUACGACACCCGCGAGAAGCAGAUCGCAAGAAUGUCUCUGCUUCAAUGCAUUCCAGGGUCGUGCUCUGUCGAACAGCGGUUUGGCGUGCUAUAGUGAUGGGGAAGGCGUUGAGAUUCGCCUAUCUCUUCCCUUUGCUGACGGGGAGAUGUCCACCUUGAACGGUGACUUGUCGACAUCUUUCGACUUGCUUUCUGGCCGUUUCAUCGCUCUCAGGAAGAACGGAACACUCGAAGUGAUAGAUUACCUGUAG